AUGUCUCAAUAUAAACUAACCUUGGCUGCCAAAGCACCAUUAGUUGGCUAUGCCGCUCUUAUUGGAUCAUUCAUCAUCAACCAUGAAGAACCAACUUCUCCUAUCGACCUCUCCUUUGUUGAUGCCGCUGUGGUCGAUAGUAGUGUGCCUGAAUCAAACACAGUACUAACCCAUGGCACUGAGGGCAAGUCUGUAUACGGUACAGUCGAAGUUUUGAAUGCAUUAGCAGAAGCAUUCCCUAAUGUUCUUCCUGUCACUCCUGCCGCUUCGGAAUGGAUUGAGUUUGCAUUCAAGUCAUUCUCAGGAAAGGACUUCAAGACCUUGACUCCUUCAUUGGAGAAGCUUGAAGCCCACUUGAACUUCCGUUCCUUUGUACUUGGUGACUAUAGACCCUCAAUUGCGGAUGUUGCACUCUGGGGUGUCUUGAGAGCCAACGCUGUAGUCGGUGCUUCCUGUAAAAAUGGUACGUUCAUUAAUAUUGCUCGUUGGUACAAAUAUUUCGACACCAGCCGUUUUUUUGGAGGUGCUGUCGAAACUAUGAACAAGGAAGUCCUUGAUAUCCGUAAGCAAUCAAAAGUUGGCCAAAAGAAGGAAUCCAAGGCUUCAUAUGACAUUGGCCUCAUUGAUGCCGUUGAUGGCAAGGUUGUCACUAGAUUUCCUCCUGAGCCUAGUGGAUACUUACACAUUGGGCACGCUAAGGCUGCUGUAUUGAACCAAUACUUUGCCGAAUUGUACCAUGGUAAACUGAUUGUCCGUUUUGAUGAUACAAACCCCAGCAAGGAAAAAGUCGAAUUCACCCAGUCCAUUCUUGAGGACUUAGAGCUCUUAGGGGUCAAGCCUGAUAGAUUAACGCACUCUUCGGAUUAUUUCCAAGAGAUGUACGAUUACGCUGUACAGAUGAUUAAGGAUGGUAAGGCUUACUGUGAUGAUACCCCCCAAGAAAGAAUGAGGGAAGAAAGAGGUGAAGGAAUUGCUAGUGCUCGUCGUAAUAGAACUGUCGAAGAAAACUUAGCUAUCUUCAAUGAUGAGAUGAAAAAUGGUACUGAAGUGGGCCUCAAGAACUGUCUUCGUGCCAAGAUCUCUGUUGAUGCUGGUAACAAGACUCUUCGUGAUCCUGUCAUUUUCCGAUGUAAUCUUACCCCUCACCAUCGCACUGGUACUCAAUGGAAAAUGUAUCCCACCUAUGAUUUCUGUGUUCCAAUCGUCGAUUCUAUUGAAGGAGUUACCCAUGCUCUCAGGACUACCGAGUACACUGACCGUAACGCUCAAUAUGAUUGGAUGUUGAAAGCCCUUAAGUUGCGUAAGGUUCACAUUUGGGAUUUCAGCCGAGUGAGCUUCAAAAGAACUUUACUUAGUAAACGUAAGUUGCAAUGGUUUGUUGACAAGGGCCAUGUCAGCGGUUGGGAUGACCCUCGUUUCCCAACUGUUCGCGGAGUUCGCCGCAGAGGUAUGACUGUAGAGGGACUCAAGAGCUUUAUCAUUUCUCAGGGUCCUUCUCGAAAUAUUCUCAAUUUGGAUUGGUCGCUUAUUUGGGCCACCAACAAGAAGGUGAUUGAUCCCAUUGCACCUCGUCAUUCUGCUGUAGUCACGAAGAAUGCUGUCCCAAUCGUACUCACCGGAGGUGAAGGAGUACCAGCCCAUUCAGUUAAGGAAACCAAGUUGAAGCACAAGAAGAAUGCCGAUUUAGGUAAUAACGAUAUCAUUUUCUCAUCAAGGCUGCUCAUUGAUCAAGAAGAUGCUGAGACUUUGAAAGAUAAUGAGGAGUUUACCCUUAUGGACUGGGGUAAUGCCAUUGUAGAGAAGAUCCACAAAAAUUCUGAGAAUGUUAUUACUGGUAUUGAUGCCAAACUUCAUCUUGCAGGUGACUUUAAGAAGACCGAAAAGAAGAUCAGCUGGCUCGCUGACACUGAUGAUGUUAUUCCUGUUGAACUUGUUGACUUCGACCAUCUUAUCACCAAAGAGAAAAUUGAGGAAGGCGAAAACUUUGAGGACUUCCUUACACCUGAGACUAUUUUCAAAACCGAGGCUGUUGGUGAUGUCAAUGUUAAAAAUCUCAAGAAGGGCGAAGUCAUUCAAUUUGAGCGCAAGGGAUUCUAUGUGGUUGAUGUGCCUUACUCGGAAGAAUCCAAGAAGGUCGUCUUUUUCACUGUGCCUGAUGGGAAGGUUGUUUCCAAAUACGGUGCCAAGAAGGCCACCAAGGACUAA